GACGCCCUCUCCAGUUUCUCAUUUGCAAAUCGAUCUCUCUUUCUCUCAAGAGUUUGCUUUUUUUGAGUCGAAACUCAAAGGGUUAAAUCAACAAUGGCGACCAAGUACUGGGUAGUCUCUCUUCCCGUUCAGAACUCCGCUUCUUCUCUAUGGAGUCGUCUUCAGGAAUCGAUCUCCAAACAAGCCUUCGAUACUCCUCUAUACAGGUUCAAUAUCCCGAAUCUGCGUGUUGGAACUCUCGAUUCUCUAUUAGCUCUUAGUGAUGACCUUCUUAAGUCCAAUGCGUUUAUAGAGGGAGUGUCGCACAAGAUGCGGCGUCAGAUCGAGGAGCUGGAGAGAAUUGCUGGAGUUGUUAGUAGUUCUCUUACGGUUGAUGGUGUCCCUGUUGAUUCUUAUCUUACUAGAUUUGCUUGGGAUGAAGCUAAGUACCCAACUAUGUCUCCUCUUAAGGAGAUUGUGGAUGGAAUUCAUGUUCAAGUGGCCAAGAUUGAGGAUGACCUUAAGGUUCGUGUUGCUGAGCAUAACAAUGUUCGUAGUCAGCUCAAUGUCAUAAACAGAAAGCAAACUGGGAGUUUAGCUGUCCGUGAUCUGUCCAACUUGGUGAAGCCAACAGAUAUUGUCUCCUCAGAGCAUUUAACAACACUCCUUGCGGUUGUCUCAAAGUACUCGCAGAAAGAAUGGUUAUCGAGCUAUGAGACUUUAACCUCCUAUGUGGUCCCCAGAUCUUCCAAGAAGCUUUAUGAGGACAAUGAAUAUGCUCUUUACACAGUUACACUAUUUAAUCGUGAUGCUGACAACUUUAGAUUGAAAGCACGUGACAAAGGUUUUCAAGUUCGCGAUUUUGAGUACAAUUCAGAAACACAGGAGGGUAGAAGACAGGAGAUAGAGAAACUGAUGCAAGAUCAAGAUGCACUUCGAACCUCUCUCUUGCAAUGGUGCUAUGCCAGUUAUGGGGAGGUUUUCAGUUCAUGGAUGCACUUUUGUGCCAUUCGUGAAUUUGUUGAAAGCAUCCUUCGAUAUGGAUUACCACCAUCUUUCUUGUCUGUUGUAUUGGCACCUUCUGUUAAAAGUGAGAAGAAAGUGCGAUCAAUUCUGGAGGGACUAUGUGAUAGCACUCACAGCUCGUUUUGGAAAGCAGAAGAGGAAGGAGGAAUGGGCGGGUUUGGAGUGGAGGGAGAUGCUCACCCGUAUGUCUCUUUCGCGAUUAACCUCGUCUGAACAAAUUUUCUGCUGUCACCUUCAAAUAACAAUAAUAAUAAUAAUAUUAAUAAUAAUAAUAUGGGAGAAGCUGAUGCAAAACAAGAGGCGGCUUAUGUAUCAUUCAUGGUAAAUACAUUCCAUUGUAAUUCUUUGUUUUUUGGGUCAAAUUAUUUUAUUAUAGCUCCCAUUUUGAAUGUUUAAAGUUUGUUGAUUGAGAUUGGAGCUAUUUGGGGGUGAUGAUGAUGAUGACUGCAUUCUCUUGAUUUUCUUAACGUUUGUUUGUGUUUGUGAAGUAUGUUCGCGAUUGUAAUUGGCUGAAAGAUUCAUUUCGCGUUUGUAAUUGGCUGAAAGAUUCAUUAGUUAGUGUUUGUAAUAAGACGAGGUAUGAUCAUUAUAAUUCAAAUUUUAUUUACUAA